AUGCUAAUUUUUAAGAAGAAGUUAAUGCCAAAAGGACAAUUUCCUCCAGAUGUCAUUGUGAAAACAAAUGAAAAAGGUUGGAUGAAUCAGGAAUUGAUGAAAGAAUGGAUCGUUGAAGUAUGGAACAAAAGAGAAAAUCACAAUUCCGACCCUGAUCGCUCUUUGCUGAUAUUUGAUUCUGCUCGUUGCCACGUAACUGAUGAAGUGAAACAAUUUUGUCAACAAUAUAGCAAAUUUGCCGUAAUACCAGGAGGAUUGACUAAAAUAUUGCAACCCUUAGACGUCGGCAUCAACAAACCGUUUAAAGACCACUUGAAAGCUGGCUGGGAAAAAUGGAUGAGAGAUGAAGCUAAAGCAACUUACACAAAAAGUGGAAUAAGGAGAAGGAUGAGCUACGAAGAAGCUGCAUUUUUAGUUAGCGAAAGUUUCCAAUCCAUUUCAUCUGAUGUUAUUCAACAUAGCUUUGAAAAAGCAUUGUGUGAUUUGGAAAAUCUCAAAAACGAUAUUGCCAUGAUGAAUAUAAACGAUGAUGACGAAGUAGAAAUUGGAAAAGUUUAG